AUGGCCCCGGAGAAACAUCUUGUCUUCCUCUCUCCCCAGACUCGACAUUCCCAACACCCCAACCUUGAAGACACUCUGGCAUCCCACUUCCCCAUUUCACAGGCCUCGUCCCUCUCGUCGACUCGCAACAACCCAAGAGCAGCGCACGCCUCACAUUCUACAAGAUCCAGUUCCUCACCCCGAUCCGUCACCAUGGUCAGGUGCAACAAGUGCGGCAAAGACGAGACCGAGUACGCCGUCCUCGUCGAUACCUUGGUCGCCUGCACCUCCCAAGGCUGUGUCCGCGGUUACAAGAAAUGCAAUAGCUGCACCUAUCUCAACGGGUACAUGGUCAAGUGCUGUGCUUCCAGCGACUGCGCGGGCACGGGCAAGAGGGAAUGUGUGUCCUGCAGUGGCACGGGCACAAAGAUCGUCAAGAUUGCGUGCUCCGGAAAACACAGGAAGCGGACGCCGCCCCCGGGAGGCUAUUCUUAA